UUUAAAAAUUAAAUAAGAAACAAAGCAUCACUUAUUCAUCUAACUGAAAGAUGUCCGGAAGAGUGAUCUUGAUUGUGACAGUGAUCUCAUACUAUCAUGUCCUGUUUUACAGAUGGCGACGUCGUGGGCUGAAAAAGUGAUGGAAUUCCUCACCUGUGUGAUCUGCCAGGAACUGUACACAGACCCUUGUACACUGAGGUGUGAUCACACAUUCUGCAGGAAAUGUGUCACAGGAUACAUCCAAACGAGACCAGAUGCUGUACAGUCCAAGACGAUCCCCUGUCCCUGCUGUCGACAAGAUACCAAAGUCCCCCAUCCCAGCCGACCAGUGGAGGAGUGGGCGGAGCAGGUCAAACCCAGCAUCAUUAUACAGGGGCUGAUUGACACACAAGCUGGACCUUCUACUGAAGGCACUACUACCAGGUGCUGCACGUUAUGUGGGCAGCCAGGGGAGACAACUCAAGGGACCUCCUGGUGUCCGGACUGUGAAGUUAACCUCUGUGGAAGAUGUGUCAAGAUUCAUCGUGCUUGUCCCUUAUCUCGUGACCAUGAACUAUGCGACCUGUCUGGAGAGGUAAAGGUUAAACAGAGACGCAAGAUCAUGUGUCAAGAGCACAAACACAAGAAAGUAAAAUAUAUCUGUAAAGACUGUAACAAGUCACUGUGUCAGUCAUGCUGCGUGGUCUACCACAGGAAAUGUGACUCUGUCGUCACAAUCAAUUCACAAGUAGAAAAAAUGAAGUCAGAGGUGACUCUGAAAAGAAAUAUAUUGCAGACUAAAUAUAAUGGCAAAGGUAAAAGGAUAGAGAGACAUACGUUGACAUUAGAUCAAAUUAAAGACAAUAAAUUGGCCAAUAAAGAACAAAUCCAUCUUAACACCAAUAAAAUGAUACAGCACAUCAGGCUGAAGGAACAAAAGCUGUCGGAUGAACUGGAUGAAAUAACAGACAAACAAGUCAUUCAGACUCAUGCUGAUAUAAAGCUUGAAGAGAUUGAGAUGCAGAUGUACAAACAACAUUGUGAGUUCAUUGACCAGGCCUUGGUAUCGGACUGUGAGAUGGACCUGUAUGAAGCGUAUCAGGCCUGGGAGUCGGGGGCUGUUGAGUUUGGGGACGUCAGGCACACAGACACUGCAGACACACGGCGAAUAGAUGACAUCAGGUUUACACCUGAUACUGACAACGUCCAGCACAUCCUAGAUGACCUACAACUUGGGAAGAUUGACGUCACAUAUGGAGAUGGACUGAAGUGUUCACCAGUGUUGUUCCACACACUUGAUGCGACCUCAGAGGAUGACGAGGGGAUACCUAGUAUGCCUGGCGUCACAGAGCUUUAUGUAGAUGGCAUACAGACAAUUGUUGUUACAGACUACACCAACAAGUGUGUGAAAUCUUUCUACAACAGAAACGAUCAACCAUGUCAAAGUAGACUUCCCCUGGAUGACUCUCCAUUUGGUCUAACACGGUUGACGGAGAAAGAGGUGAUAGUUGCUGUCCCUGGCUCACGGAAGAUUCUAACAGUAGAGGUGUCCCCGGACCUGGUACUGAACUCAACCAUCACAACAAGCAAGGGUUACGCCAGUCUCGCUGUUCUGGGUCCUUCAUUUCUGGCAGCAAGUACUUGGGACUGUCUUGAUAUCCUGGACAUGACAGGACAAGUGCUGAGGUCAAUCACUACACACAACAACGAGACACUGUUUGCCUACCCCGCCUAUAUGUGUGUCAACAACAAGGGCAACAUACUCGUGUCUGACUGCUGCAAGAAGUCUGUGACAUGUUUGACGUCAGAUGGGGAUGCCGUGUGGAGAUACGCCCCUUACGGAGAUAGGGCUCUCCGUAAGCCUACUGGUAUCUUAACAACCAACACAGGAGAUAUCAUGUUUGUAGACAAGAUCGCCGUGACUAUUAUACAGCUAACCGAGACAGGGGAAUGUGUCAGCGAUGUCCUCACAUCACAGGAUGGCAUCAAUCAGCCAAUUAGUCUGUGCAUUGACAAACAUGACUCUGUUCUUGUAACUGGUGGAGGGGAUAUCAAGACAUUUAUUUUCACAUAGAAUGUGAAUGUAUAUUGAUGAAGGGCUUUGUCGGAUUGAGUUCUCACAUCUCGGGAUGAUGUGUGAGGAUGAAAGGGAGGGGAUGACGG